UUACAUUUAUUAUUAUCGUUUCCCCGACAACAACAAGCAUCCAAAAGAACUUUACUAAUUUCUUCUAGAUAAAUCAGAGAAACUACUUUCAGAAACUUUUCCAAUUGCUUUCGCUAUAAUACUAUGGAGUCUGAUAUGAUCGAUGAAGAAGCUCAAGCAAAUAUACCAGAGCCAGAUGGUGAAGAAGAAGAGCUAAAAAUUCGGCCUCUAGAAAGAAUCACACGACAUCCCAAAGUUCCAGUAGAGCCCUCAGCCUAUGGCAAAGGAAAGAAUUUCAGCAGGCCAUGGAUCCUACAAGAUGGCCGUGGGAUUCCCGGACAAGGCAGUGAAAUGAGGGAUGAGUACCAAAUCCCCAAAAAGCCCAAGCAUAGCGAAGGUAUCCGCAAACGGAUGCUAACAAAUUUCUUCUGGGAGCAAAUGCUGAAUGAAGUGAUGGCUGAACUGGCUACGGCGAAGCCUGACAUGGACUACAGCACCGAGCAGAAAGCCAACUACAUAAAGGAGAACUUUCAGCCGCGCGACUUGAACGUCACUGCAGAUAAAAACAUGCACCUCAAAUAUCCUCUGUAUGGAACGGGAUCUAGUGCCAUCACAUACUACAGUGAGACUAUUAUUAAGACCGGACCUGGUGAAAUAUUGGAGAAGUUCCGUCGCAGCCAAUACUUCACUAAACCUAUGGAAGAAAGAUUGGACGAUGGUUGGGUUUUGUAAAAUUCGAAUUUUGUAUGUCAUUUUUUUAAGGUUAUUUACUUGCGUAUCUAUAAAUAAAAACGUUCGA